CGCAGCAUUGUAUUCAUCCAUGGUUUACACGGUCAUCCAUUCAAAUCAUGGGCCUAUCACCUUGAGUUUCCUGGGGCGCAUGAAUCGUCGGCCACUUCCCCAGUAGCAGUCGGCAAACAUGAACGUGGAAGCGUCAUUCAUCGCGUCGCUGUCCAUUUGCGUCGGAAAUCGUUAAAAGCUGCGCCGAUGGAGAGUACAGAAUCAGCCUCUGCUACAGAUACCAUAAGCAAUGGCGCCCAGGGCGCGCAUAUGUUCUGGCCUGGCGAUCUGCUCCCAAAGCAAUGUCCUGAUUCACGCAUUCUUAUGUUUGGGUAUGACGGCAAGAUCACCAAAUACGCAGCCGGUGCGAUAAACCAGAAUAGUAUUCUGGCUCAUAGCAAAGACCUUUUGUUUGCCCUAUGCAGAGAAAGAGGUCCCAAUCGCCCGUUGAUAUUUGUUGCUCAUAGUCUUGGGGGCAUUAUUGUUAAGGAAAUGCUCGCACAAUCAUCUACGUCUGUUGAACCUGAGUAUAAAAGUAUUGUGGAAUGUACUGCGAAAAUUGUGUUCUUGGGCACGCCACACCGCGGUAGCCAAGAUGUUGCAGCACUUGGUGAAGUAGCACGAUCUAUUAUUAGCGCUUUGGGCAUGGAGACGACACCUACUAUUCUUGACGCGCUGGGCCUGAAGUCUUCGGAUCUCAAUCGCGCGCAGGAAGAGUUCUCUAAGCUAUGGCAAGAAUAUGACUUUCAGGUUAAGACGUUUCAAGAGGGUCUCAGCUUGGCAAAGCUUGGAAAAAAGAUUGUACCCGAUUACUCAUCUUCAAUUGGAGAUCAUGGUGAGCAUUCUGAGACUCUUCAAGCCAACCAUCAACAAAUGUGUCGCUAUUCUGGAACAGACGACCCAAAUUAUCGCAAAGUAGCUGGGGAGCUUUUCAACGACACUUGCCUUGAGUCGCUAUGGUUCCCAGCCAUUAAUACUCGAUACCAAAAUCUGGAGAGACCGGCUGAUAAGACUUGUUCAUGGUUGUUUAGCCAUAAGUUAUAUCAAGAGUGGUUCAAUGGUAACAAUCGACAAGAAACUCAUGGUCUUCUUUGGCUGAAGGGAAAGCCAGGCUCAGGGAAGUCAAUUCUUAUGAAAGAAGCUUUUCGUCAAGCUGUUCUAGAGCAAGACGAAUCAAAUUACCAUUCUGCUGCUUUCUUCUUCUGCGCUAAUGGCAACGAGCUUGAACGCUCUUGCCUUGGUCUCUUCAAAUCCUUGCUAUAUCAACUUCUCCCUGGAGAUAGGGUAUAUUUACAACGCUUCCAAAAGAUAUGGGAUAAACAGAAAGUGCCUUUUCAUAGGAUGGGCACUGCCGCUUGGCAAGAAGGUGAACUCGAAUUUUUCUUCAGGUCAAUGUUUAUGGACAUGCCAAGGAAAAGGACGAUGCCAAGGAAGAAGACAAUUAUUUUCAUUGACGCGGUUGAUGAGUGUGAAGGGCACAAGGUACGAUCUAUGAUCUACUUCUGGCGGAAUAUCACUUCAUCUGUUUAUUUCAUUGAAGGGGAUCUCAAUGUCUGCCUAUCUAGUAGACACUUCCGCUCAAUUACUUUUAGUAACUGUCCGGAAAUAAUCAUUGAACAGCAUAACAGUCAUGACAUUGCAACAUUUGUGGAUCAUAAGUUCCAACUCGGUAUUGCUACGCAACCCCAAUGGGAGCUCUUGAGAGAUCAAAUCUUGGAAAAGUCUGCAGGAGUAUUUCUUUGGGUUGCUUUGGUGGUGGAAGAUGUUUUGAAGAGCUGGGAUGAUGGCUAUGAUAUGCCGCUCCUAAUUAAAAAAGUUCAGGAUGUUCCAGAUACACUUAGAACUCUAUUUUCUAAUAUGUUAUCUAAUCUCGAUUCCGACGUCAGAGAGUUGACCGUUAAAUUCUUCCAGUGGGCCAUUCUAGCCACCGCACCUCUUCGACUUCACGAGUGGCACCAUGUAAUGGCGUUCAUCAGGCAGCCUACUCUUGGUUCACUCAACGAGUGGCGUCAAUCAGUAAAUUUUACUGACAACGAUGAUCAGCUCGAAAAGCAAAUCAGGAAUGUUUCGAGGGGUCUAGUUGAAAAUGGCAACACUAGAAUCGUUCAAGUUAUACAUGAGUCAGUGCGCGAUUUCUUCUUACUGGAAAACGGAUUCUUUGUUCUGGAUUCGAAUCUAUACAUGGAUACAGCAGGCAUCGGCCAUCUUUCAAUAAUGAAUACUUGUCUGGACUACUUGAAUAUUGCGGAA